GGGCAGAAACCUUUUUUUGUGUUCUUUCACUGUGUGGUGCAGUUUUGCAAAAUGUUCCUGUUGUUGAAUUGAUGCUUUUCUUUUGUUGUGAAUUCGCUGGAUCCGCCUUAAUGUGGGAAAGGUACUGCCUUUAUCAGCCACAUCGGACUAUGAACAGUGUAUUGCAGUAAAUCUCAGCAAGAUCGGGCUGGUUCUCUUCUCGCUGCAGGCUGCAGAGGACAAAGUGUAAGAAAGACCAGCCAAAGAACACAGUCAGCAGAAAACUAUCUGAGGUUGUUGUUGUUGACUUUGUGCUGCUUUGCACCAUGACUGAGGCCGAGCUGUACACAGUCUACAAGGGCCUUUAUGUCCCCACAAUCGCGCACUCUCCACAGGGCCUGAAAUACUUCGAGGAGUUUUCCUUUCGGCCAGACGACGUCGUCAUCGCCACGUACCCAAAGUCUGGUACAACAUGGAUGAAGGAGAUCAUCCCUCUGAUCCAGAGUGAUGGAGAUCCAGCCUCUGUUGAGAUUCUUCCUAACUGGGACCGGGUUCCCUGGCUGGAGGAAUCCAUUGCAUGCACUCUUAACCUGGAACAAAGGCCAUCUCCACGCGUGUUUGCCUCACACUUCCAUUACAACAUGAUGCCGUCAUCAUUCUUCCAGGCUAAGCCAAAGGUUGUUUAUGUCAUGAGGAACCCCAAAGACGUUUUUACGUCUUACUUUCACUACCACAGGAUGGCGAGCUUCCUGGUCCGUCCGGGUCCACAGAGCGAGUUCCUCCAUAAGUUUCUUGAAGGAAAAGUUAUGUUUGGCUCCUGGUUCGAUCACAUGAAGAGUUGGCUGAGUGCUCAGGAUAAAGAACGAAUCUUCUACAUCUCCUAUGAAGAAAUGAUUUUGGACCUGAAGGACUCCAUAUGGAGAAUUGCCCAGUUUUUGGACAAGUCUCUGGAUGCUGAGGUGAUCGAGAAGAUAGUGACCCGAUGUGAGUUCAAGAACAUGAAACAGAACAAGAUGUCUAACUACUCUCUUGUUCCACCUGAGCUCAUGGACCAAACCAAGUCAGAGUUUCUCAGGAAAGGAAUUGCUGGUGACUGGAAAAACCAGCUCACUGUUACAGAAGCUGAGUUCUUUGAUGCUGUUUACAACGAGAAAAUGAAUGAUGUCAAAUAUAAAUUUUUAUGGAAUUAAACCAUGAGUUAUCACAAGGGAGGGGGCGUGGCCAAGGGGGCAAGGACCUGUCAAUCAUAUGUUCCAUUCCACUGGGAGAUGCUUCCAUUAUUUUAAUCAAAGAAUACAAAUUAAUCUUGCUGGAUGGCCAGAGAACAAAAAUAAACUCAUAUGUCAUAAAUACUAUGACUAAUGAAACCUAAUGAAAUACUGAGCUGCUUCAUUAUUAAAUUUAGGAAAAUAUGUACUUCCAGGAUUUUUAUUUUAGAAAGUUUCUCCUAGAUUAGAGUAGAUUUGUUCAUGGGGAUUGUGCUACUAUAUAUAAUAAAAACACUGUCAAAAUAAGCCACAUGCAUGACCUCUUUUAAUAAAACUACAAAUUUUCUUUGAAGAUAAUUUAUAAGUUAAUGUAUUUCUUGGGGUUUUUACAAAUAUUUCCUUACCAUGCAAUCAUCAUUAAGCGAUUUUGUGAUGUACCCGUCAUGAGUUAAAUUAGUUUUGUGUCUUGAUAAUGGAUUUAUUUCUAGGUGAAAGAAAAACUGCACAUUUGAUGUUGGUGGUAUAAUGAUUUUUUUGUUUUCCACUCUGCAAAACCAUCUCAUCUCUAACUGUCAAAAUUCUAAGAUGUCUGGAGCAAAUAUGCAGCAAAUAUAUCUUUUAUAUAUUCAUCACUGUGAGCACUAAGUGUAAAAAUGUACAGUUUUUAUCUAAUAACACUUUGUUAUUGAAAGUGAAUAAAAGUAGUUUAAUGUAAAAACAUUGAUGCAAUUUUUUUCUCAGAUUCAGAUUAUUAGUCCCAAAAGGGCAACUUGUUUCUGCAGCCAACACAUUAAUAAUCAAAAGGAUAAAUUAAAAUACAAAAGAAGAAAUAAAAAAAUACAGCAGCCAACAUCCACAAGACAGUAAAAACUGUCAGAGCGUCAACUUUAGACACAGAAAACGUUUCCAAGUCAAAGUCCUGCAAGAAUUCAUGCACACAAACUAGUGUCACUGUGUAACUGCCCACAUAUGGACCUAUGUACGUAUCAUGUAUAUAUGUACUCUAGAGUCUGAAAUAAAGUCAUUAUUAUUAUUUGA